AUGCGACUGAUGCGUUACAACGCAACAGCGGUGUUCAUUCCAGGGAAGCAGCACCUGGUACCUGACUUCCUCUCGCGUCAUCCACUCCAGAAGCACGAUGCGAUCGGCGCUGUGCUACAGGAAGACGUCCACAACUUCUGCAAGAGGGUCUUCGAUGACCUGCCCGCCACACCGCAGCGUCUGGUGGAGAUCAGCAGGGCACAACAGGCAGAUGAAAUCCUCCAGCGCGUGGUUCAGCAGACUCUCUCUGGCUGGAAGGAGGGAGCAAAGCACUCCGACAUGCUGGACUACUUCGCCGCGCGUGGAGAAAUCAGCGUUCUCUACCUGACAAGCGGCACACUGCUGAUGUACGGCCGCCGCAUCAUCAUACCGCCUAGUCUGCGUGAAGAGAUGCUCAACCGUCUACAUGACGACGGUCACUUCGGGCUCAACAAGUGCCGCCAGCGAGCAGCAGAAUCCGUCUGGUGGCCCAAGAUAAGCAUCGACUUGAAGCGCCACGUCGAGCACUGCGCGUUCUGCCAAGUGCACGCGCCCUCCCAGCACGCUGAGCCACUGGUAACGACUCCAACGCCGUCAAGACCGUGGACUCACAUCGCAGCAGACAUCUUCCACUUCAACAACAGCAACUGGCUCGUGACUGUGGACCUGUUCAGCAGAACUACCGAACAACGGCUGUGGAAGCCACUGGAUACUCCCCAGCCCGCCUUCUGA